AUGAAAGGAGCAUCUGAUAAGACAAAGCUGAAAGAUAUGAGACAGGACUCGUCGACCUAUCGAAAGAGGAAAAUAAAAAUUGACGGGGCGAAAGAAACGAUUUUUAAAAAGCGAAAAAUCAGAACCAGGAUGAGCGAUCUUGAAAGCUUUGCCGGAGCUGCUGGUCACUCUGGAGGAAUUUUGAAAGCAAAAAAUGGCCAUCUUUUGAAGAUCUUUCACGAAGAAAACUCAAACGAGCCAGAGUUUUUGUCAAAUUUGCCGUCAGAUGAUCCUCUUCGACCUUACACAGCGGAGUUUUACGGAAUAAGGGAAAUUUCGGGAUCGAAGUAUCUGGAGCUAGAAAAUCUCACGGAGGAUUGCCAAUCUCCUUCUGUAAUGGACAUUAAGCUCGGGAAGAAGACCUUCAUCCAUGAUCCAAAAAACAACGCCGAGCGAGCAGAUCUCUUUUCCAAAAUGCAAAAACUCGACCCUACCUCCCUCACUCCCGAAGAGCUCUCCUCAGGCACUGUGACAAAAUCCCGCUACCUUCAAUUCCGCGAUGAUCUGUCAACAACAUCGAUGUACGGCUUCAGAAUCGAGGGAAUUUCUUUUUCAAAAGACGUCGAAUCAACCUUUCAGAAACCGGAGAAAAUUGAGCUUCAGCGAAUGUCGAAAGAUUCGGCGCUUGAAAAUUUUGGAAAAUUCGUCGAUGGAAACAAGCUGGAAAAAAGCGAGGUUCUUGAAAAGCUCAAAAAUUUGAGACAAGCAGUUACAGAUUCUUCAUAUCUCAAAAAUCACCAGCUUAUUGGUUGCAGCUUACUUUUCAUUGCUGAUUCUCAAACCCUGAGGCUCAAGCUUAUUGACUUUGCCAAAUCAAAAAAGUUCGAAUCGGAAGAAGAAAAAGAUGAUUCGUGGAGAACCGGCCUUGACAACCUAAUUUCUGAAAUUGAACAGUGA